AUGGCUGCAAAGAAAGCGGUGCCCGGGCUCGGGAUCGAGGAAGAGGCGGCGCCUAAUUAUGUGGAGGGUCCAAAGCUUCCGGGGGAAUGGCCACCUAAUGAAUAUCAUCCACCAAAUGACGGAGCUCUUGGUAGAGUAGCUCGUCCUGGUAAACUGCCUCGAAGGCGCGGUCGCAAGUGGUUGCUGUGGAUCGCCGCAGUUGGAGUGUUUGCCCUGCUAGGCGCGAAGCUGUGCACGCAAGGCAGUUCAUCGCAUUCUCUUAAGAAGAAACGUGAUUUGGGAGUGUUUGGGCUAGAUGAAAGUCAUCCUCCUUUUGGGGACCCGGGGAGUGAAUUCUGGGAUCUUGAUGGAGAAAGAAAAGCCAUCGUUGCAUUCGCUCCUUUUAUGGCCGGUGAUACUUUGUACUUCGAAGGCAGUGCUCAUUUGAGACCGCAGAAUAUCCCGUUUACGCUGGAGCAAUAUGAGGACCUCGCAAUCGGCCGGAGCGGGGUUCCAAAGGCAUGGGAAGCUUACCAUCAGGGAAAGCGCACAGAGGAUGAGGUUGUAGAGGAUCAGGGGCCGUCAGAAGGCCCCAUAGAUCUAGACUGGUUGUCAGAAUUCGCCAUCCCAGUAAGUGUGGAGGAAGGUGGCAAACCCGCUCCCGCGCGCUUGCAAAUUAGCUCGGGGGACGCGAUGAAGGUGGCACGCGAAGUCUCGAAUAGGUACUUUGGCACUUUUCCUGUGGAGGAGCAAAAGGAGUCGCCGGAAGCAGCAGCAAACCGAGUCUUCAGCCGUUUAGUGGGAAGGCUAGGCAGCGGCCUGGUGACAGCUAUAAUGGACGCCGGUCGCCUGUCGAACAUGAAAUUCGACUCGCGUUCGAGGAAUUUGCGAUCAGAGCUCGCCCUACUUGAGAUAGGCAAUGAGGUGGAGAGACUGAAAGAAAGACAAAACGAAGUCUUAGAAAGGGUGGAGCAGGCUCGGCGCGCAAAAGAGGCUGGAGAUGAAAGUGGACAGGCGGAGGCUCAAUUAGAGGAGGCAAUUCAGACCUACAAGACCUUGUUGAGAUGCGAGAAAAAUUUGAUGGAGACGUUAGUGCAGCUAGCAUCUCGCUGGACAGAGGAGACGAACAAGCUUCUUACAACCGUUGCCUCUGUGGUCACUUCUUCGGCCAUGAGCGACAUCGAAGAAAUCGCCAAAAUGGAAUGUUCGGUCUUCAACAUUGCCAAGGUGGGCAAGAAAGCAUACAGUAUGUCGGACGUGCUGCAAACGGAAGCGCGUAGUAAAAACCGGUGUCGUCUUGUCGGAGAUGUGGCUGGCAAACGCAUAAAAGAUAUAGGAGACCUACUUUGCAAUAUUGAUAAGCUAUCCUCUGAUGAAUUCGCCCAACGUGUGCAGCGACAGAAUGAGGAACUCGCUAAAAGCAGAACAGAAUUCCGGUCGGUUCUCGCGAAGAAGAAACAGGAACUGUGGCUUGCGGACAUCAUCUGA